GAAUUCCGCCACCCGUGGACCUGGAGUUCGAGCGCCUGCGGAGGCGCGGGAAUGUUGGCGAGUCACGGCCCGGAAGCAUGGAGACCCUGAGUUCAGCUUCGCUGACGUCCACAGACAAGGGCCUCGGGGAAUCGGCCUCCGCCCCAGAGCUCGGGAGCUGGUCUCCUUCUGACACAUGCAGCAGCAUGGGUGUCAAGCCUUGGAGCAAGCAUCCCUUGCCUGCUGGUGACCUUUACGUCUGCACCUCGCCACGGCGAGCACAGCUCCCUCGUACCCCCAACUGGGCAUCUACGAGGCGAGUUCCAGUUCUAUUCUCCGUGCAGGGUACCAAAGGCAAGGCGUCCUGGGCCUUGAGGAGCUCCAAGAAGAAGAACCGGGACGUCAACGACGACAAGCGAAUGAAUGCCUUCGAGGAUUGGCGCAAGAAUGGCUCGGGUCCAAAGAUGCGACUCAUUGAUCAGGUAUUGCAGACAGACAGUGGCAUCCAGCAUUUCCAAGAGAAUCUCAAAUCGCAGAGUUACAGGUUCAAGAACUUCUGGCUCAAGGACAUGGUCACGGAGGAUGAGUUGUUCAGCGACCGAACUUUCUUCUCCUCGGAGGGCCUUCGGGUUCUGAAGAAGAAUCCGCAGCGGCAGCAGCGAGCCACUUCACCCAUCAAGUCCAAGGCCAAGCAGCUCUUCCAGCAUUACGAUAUUCCUUGUCCGAACAUCAGUGACUUAUCUGGGCUGCACAGUGAAGUGAAAGGGUACUCGGAAUUGCUGGAGCGGUCGCAGGAGAAGGCAUCUAGCUUGGGCGUUCAGACUUACGUCCGGAAAGGAGGUCGUCGGAUGAGCAUAAACCAAUUCGAUGCCCUCAAGGACAUCUUGACAAAGCAUCGUCGGAUGGGGGUAGCUGGAAUCACCUCCAACUCUCCGAGCAACUUCCGCUAA